GGGUUAUCCUCCCCUCACAAAACCAACAACAAAAGGGCAAUAAAUCUGGGAUUAUCAUUAUCAGAGAAAGAUGAAGACAUAGAAUUUUAUGUAAAUAAGGUUCUUGCAUAUAUUGCAUGGUUAUUAGAGGAGGCACAAAGGCUAGAAGAAUCUGAAAAU